AUGUGGCCAGACCUAAUUCGAAAGGCAAAGGAAGGUGGAAUUGAUACGAUUGAAACAUAUGUAUUCUGGGAUCACCAUGAGCCUAGACCCAGAGAGUAUGAUUUCUCCGGGAACCUAGACUUCAUAAGGUUUUUCAAGACAGUUCAAGAAGCUGGACUGUAUGCUAUAUUGCGAAUUGGUCCUUAUGUAUGUGCAGAAUGGAAUUAUGGAGGUUUCCCUGUUUGGUUACACAACAUGCCAGGAAUUCAGCUUAGGACGGAUAAUGCAGUUUACAAGAGUGAGAUGGAAACAUUCGUUGCGAAGAUAGUAAGCAUGUGCCAGGAAGCUAAGCUCUUUGGACCACAAGGAGGACCCAUAAUUUUUGCACAGAUUGAGAAUGAAUAUGGAAAUGUCAUGGGACCAUAUGGAGAAGCAGGAAAGUCAUACGUCAAGUGGUGUGCGGAAAUGGCCCAAAACUUCAGUAUUGGUGUUCCAUGGAUUAUGUGCCAACAAGCAGAUGCACCACAACCAAUGAUCAACACAUGCAAUGGGUUCUACUGCCAUAAUUUUCAGCCAAACAAUCCAAAAAGUCCCAAAAUGUGGACUGAGAACUGGAGUGGAGGUUUCAAGAAUUGGGGCGGCCAAGAUCCUCAUAGGACUGCUGAAGAUUUGGCUUAUUCCGUCGCACUCUUUUUCCAAACUGGUGGUGUUUUGAUGAACUAUUAUAUGUAUCAUGGAGGAACCAACUUUGGGCGCUCAUCAGGAGGUCCAUAUAUCGCAACAACUUAUGAUUACGAUGCACCACUUGAUGAAUAUGGGCUCCCGAGUCAGCCUAAAUAUGGACAUCUGGUUCAACUUCAUGCUGCUCUUAAAUCAGUGCAGAAGAUUCUCACUAGCACCAAACCUACACACCAGAGUGUUGGAAAUCAAGUUAACUUGACAACAUUCCUUAACAACGCUACGGGAGAAAAGGUCUGUUUCUUGAGCAACACAAAUGUAGGACAGGAUGCCAACAUAGACUUGGAACAGAAUGGCAAGUACUUUGUGCCUGCUUGGUCUGUUAGCAUUCUUGCUGGAUGCAACAAGGAAAUUUACAAUACUGCAAAGGUUAAUACUCCGACAACUGUGAUGGUUAAGGUACCAAACAGGGCUGAAAAAGAACCUGCCCAUCUCUCCUGGACAUGGGCAGCAGAGCCCAUGUCAGACACCCUCCACGGGCACGGGCAAUUUAAUGCAAUGAAGCUUCUUGAACAAAAGGAAACAACCUUAGAUGCUAGUGACUACUUGUGGUACAUGACAAGGGUUGACAUUGAUGACACGUCGAGCUGGACGAAUGCAAAUCUGUUUGUGAACACAACAGGCCAUGUACUUCAUGCCUACGUAAAUGGAGAACUUAUUGGAUCCCAAUGGGGCACGGGCACGGAAGAUGCAUAUAAUUUCACCUUCAUUAAAAAUGUCACACUUCAACGUGGGACUAAUGUUAUCUCUUUGCUCAGCGCCACAGUUGGACUUCAGAACUAUGGUUCAUUUUUCGAUUUGUCGCCUGCUGGAAUAGUAGGGGGGCCAGUUAAGUUGAUCAGCAACAAAAACGACGUCACUAUGGAUUUAUCCACAAACCAAUGGUCAUAUAAGGUUGGACUGAAUGGUGAGGCCGAAAAACUCAUGGAUGCCGGUUGUCAAUUACGCCAAUCUAUUAAAUGGUCCACAGAUGGACUUCCCAUAUCAAAACCCAUGACUUGGUAUAAGACUACCUUCCAGGCUCCAUUAGGUACAGAACCUGUUGUGGUGGACUUGCAGGGCAUGGGGAAGGGGCAAGCUUGGGUGAAUGGGCAAAGCAUUGGGCGCUACUGGCCUGCUUUCCUUGCUCCUAAAGAUGGAUGUAAUGCCACUUGUGAUUACCGCGGAGUUUAUAGUUGGGACAAUUGUAUGACAAAUUGUGGCAACCCUACUCAGAGAUGGUACCAUGUCCCAAGAUCAUUUCUCAGAAAUGACAAGAACACUUUAGUUUUGUUUGAAGAAAUGGGUGGAAACCCAACACAAGUGGCUUUCAAAACUGUCACCAUUGGAGCUGUUUGCUCAACUGCUUAUGAGGGGAGCACCCUGGAAUUGUCAUGUCAAGGUGGGAAAACCUUAUCGAAUAUACAAUUUGCAAGCUUUGGGGAUCCAAAAGGAACUUGUCAGUCUUUCAGUAAAGGCUCUUGUGAGUCUGCUACAGUCAUGUCUGUUGUGCAAAAGGCCUGCACUGGAAAAGAGAAAUGUUCUAUCAAUAUUAGUGAAGGAACACUUGGAACUAGCAACUGUGCCAACGACAUCACUAGGAGGGUGGCAGUGCAGGCUGUUUGUGAAGACAAAACCGACUCGAUUUUAAAAAUUUUAAGAUCGCUGUCACUUGAUUUUUCAUCAAACCAAUUGCUGAAAAAGAUUUCAUACCUUUGGAGGACCUUCUAAUUGUCCAUACGAGAAUACUCUCUUUUGGCCUAGAGCUUCAGUGAACACUUUCUCCUUUGGCCUUCAACACCAUUUAUACUUCACCUCUAUGAUUCCAAAGCAGGUUUGUGAAUCCCCUCUUCGUGAUUCUGUAUUACAAAUAUUUGUGUUACUGAAAAAAUUGAUACAAGAGAGACAAUUGUCGAUUAAAUAUCCGAUGCUAAAGAUACAGGAUCAAAAGACCUUCCUUAUCCUAGCUCCAGCUGGGAUCUCCAAUU